GGAGGAAGCCCACACAGUCACAGGGAGAACAUGCAAACUCCACACAGAAAGAUCCCAAGCCCGGGAUUGAACUCCGGACUACUCAGGACCUUCGUAUUGUGAGGCACAUGCACUAACCCCUGUUCCACCGUGCUGCCCAACGUGAAGGUGGAGCUCCAAAUUUCCUGACGGCUGCUGCUACACAACCUCCGCGGUGUGCUUUCACUUCCCGGUUACACGGUGACAGUCUGCAGCGGACACUCACGAAGGUCUCACUGUCACCGGAGAGUUAAAAAGGCUUUUUAGACGCCGCAGAACUUUUGGUUGACUGCCGGUGACUUGAGAACAGGACUGCCGAUGAUCCGAGUAACCAUUCCAUCCAUGGAGACGGAAGUGGACGAGUCAGGAAAGUCCAAAAAGCUCUUCCGAGUUGAAGUGCUGUUCAACGAGAGGAAACAUUUUGUGCUGAGAAGAAAGAGCGAAUUCCAGACUCUGCACAGAAAACUCAGGAAGAUCAUCCAGACUCCUGAUUUCCCGUGUAAAAGGGGUCCUAAUCUGAGGACCAAACCUCUGCAGCAGAGGAUGCAGGAGCUGGAGGAUUACAUUCAGGACAUCAUCUACGCAUAUGAAGACGUGCCGCAGGAGCUGUUGGACUUCCUCCAUGUCAAACAUUAUCACCCCGGCAACAAGAUGAGCAGCAUGGAAUCGCUUGAUGACCUGGACAGUCAGGAGUACGGUUUCCAGUUCCCGCAUCAGCGAGUGAUGGGGUUCUUCCAGGAUCCGUACGUGUCCGACCGCACAUCAGGUCUCCCUGAUGUGGUUGUGGGGGGAGUCCUGCAAGGAUUCUACCCGCGGGGCAACCGCGUCAGCUUCACAGCCCUCGCCGAGCCCGACCCCUCUGGGAAGGCUGGAAUUUAACCAAUGGGAAGGUCCACCAGUGGAACCGAAAGCCAUCACCAUCUACUGAAGGGAGUCGACAAAGGAACGUAGAUGCCGAAUUCUUCCAUAAAAAGUCUACAUUUUAGCAGAGUUCUGAAUUUUGUACAGUAACAGCGGCCAUUGUUUUAUCAUUCUUCUUGUUGAAAGUCUCUAAUGCAGUCAAAUAGGCCUUAAAUGGAAAUACAAAAAUGAGUAUGAAAUGUUUUGUAUAAUGCUCAUUUUACUUGAAUUUUAAUUUGUUUUACACGCCAAAGCAGCUGAUGCUGAUUUCUAAAUAAAUUAGUGUCACUCGUUCA